AUGUCCAAGGCUAAGGACUUGGCGGGGACGAGCAGUUCAGAGAGCGGUCUGGAGGAGGAAGAAGAAGAAAAGGAGGAGGGCAAGAAAAGAAAGAAAGAAAUGUCUCCCAAGUUAGAGAAAAAGCAGAAAACAGAGGCCAAACCUUCCAAAGAGGCAGAAAAACCUCCAGGACAAGGCAGUGAAGAGGAGGAGGGCAUGUUCCAGAUUGGGAAGAUGCGUUAUGUCCGAGUGUCCUGCUUCAAGGGGAAGGUCCUCGUGGAUGUCAGGGAGUUCUACACUGACAAGAAUGGUGACAAGAAACCAGGGAGGAAAGGGAUUGCCCUGUCUGCUGAACAGUGGAACCAGCUGAAGGAGAUCAUUCCUGAGAUUGAUGCCGCAGUCAAGAAACUAUAA